GAACGAAGUUUCAGAAUUAAGAUUUUCGGAGAAAGAUGCUCGUGGGUAUAUCCAUGAUUUGGCCAGCUUGAGGCAUCGCUGAACGACCCCGCAAUUUGGCAGGUACCAGGCAGAGAGAUGCCGGGACACCAUGAGAGAGCAGGAGAGAGGCCGUCAAGGUUGGAACGUAAGAUUGAGUGCAUCGAGGACCGAAGGAAAGAAUAUCUUCGCAAGCUAUAUAUUGCCUCUGAAGAUCCAAACAACGGCUUGAACUCGCGAGAAGACAGAAACUUGUUCAUAGCAAAGAUUAAUCAGAAGUUUGAUGAUCAGAUAGAAGAGUGCCGCCGGCAGCAUGUCCAUGGAGGGACUGAUGGCAGCGUCGAUGACGACUACGCCACGCUGACUCCGGUACGCCAACGUGGGCGAAAGCGAUUCUACUCUGAGUGCUCUGCGCGUAUCCAAGACAAACCCAAAUCCUACCCUAAAAGCGAGCAGUUUUGCUCUGAUGAAGACCUUGAACGGCAAAGCAACAGCGAAGAGACGAAAGAAGAGGAUGAUGACGACGACGAUGAUUCUGCUGAAAGAUCAUCUGACGGAGUGAUCGACGCGUCGGGGGAAGUCCAGGAAAAUCCACCAGAUGAUGAAAAAGAAAGUGUCAGUAGUGCUGUUGCCAUGGAUGAUACCCGGAUCAGAGGCAGAAAUGACGAGGAAUCCUCAGAUAACCACCAGCAAAUAGACGACGACUUAGCCGGCGGUGGCAAUUCCCAGAGAAAUCACAAAGAAAACAGAGCCAGCCGUGUCUCUCCAGAUGACAAUGUGGACACCCCGGAACCAGACGAGGAUGAGGACGACUACGACCUUGUAAAAGAUCCAGAACCACGCAGACAACGAGAAAAGAUAAUCAAGAGCAAUCUAAGCAUCGCCAUUCAGGGGUUUCGUUCCACCCAAAAAGCCCGCGGUGAGAGCACCAACGAACAGCCUAAUCCUGCCAAUCAGAAUCUUUUCGACCCAGAACAGAUUACUUUCAAUGGCCGCGUGUUCUACAAUGGCUUAUGCUACAAUUACAAGGUUGAGCAAGGAAGUACACGAUCCAGCCAUGCCGUCACUGUCAUUGUUGGGAUUAAAAGGUUCGUGACGCGACAACAAGCAGAGUGCGUUUUGGUAGUUCCAUUUGAAGACACCUUCCUUGGUAUGGAGGAGGAAGGAGUCGACUAUCAGGCAAAUUUCAGACCUUUUUCUCAUUGCCAGGUCCAUGAAAAGGUUUCAAUCCUCAGUCUAAAAAACAUGGCUGGGAGGGCCCCCGGGAUCGAUGGCAUUCCCAAGUGGAUUUACGAACCCCAAACCGAGGGUUCCUGGAAUCGGUUUGGGUACUUCCUUGACGAUAGUGCUGGCCGAGUUAAGAGGAAAGGAAGGAGGGAGGAGCUGCGUGUGCUAGAGCUGUUUGCUGGUGCCGGUGGGAUGCACCUAGGCUUUGCAAAUGCCGGAUUUACCACUGUGGAAGCUGUCGACAAUGACAUUCUUGCCGUUGCAACCAUGAAGAAGAACUGCCCGGGGGUUCCAGUCGUUCGCUGUGACGUGAACAGCUACCUAGAGCAGUACGAAGAUCAAGCUACAAGGGACUCGUUGCUGGGACGUAUCGGCCAUAUCAAUGCGACGCCUCCUUGUAAGGGCUUCUCGGGAGCCAAUCGCAUGGGAGGACGCAAUGACAAGAAAAACAAUGACCUCUCUCUAACUCUCAUUGAUGCCGUUCGAAUCUUUCGCCCCCUUUCGGCAACUUUUGAAAACGUGCUUGGCAUGUGGCGACGGAAGCAUGUGCACUACUUGAAGAACCUGGUCAAAGGGCUCAUGAUAUCUGGAUACCAAGUUCGUGUCUCUGAGCUCCGUGCAUGUGAUUACGGCAGUGCUCAGAUCCGCCCUCGGCUGAUCCUAUUCGCAACUCAUCAAUCUGCUCCACCACCCAAAAUCCCUGAAAAGACCCAUGGAAAUGAAGGAAACCUCCUUCCAUUUGUCACCGUCCAAGACGUUCUCUCAGGCCUUGAAGAUGGCAAUGAUCGAUUGGGCCAUCCCUUGCGGAACACAUGGCACGCCACAACCUCAUUGAAUGCGGGUGAGCACGGCGUUGUGAAGCUUCGGGCAGACGGCUUCUCUCCUGCCAUUCGGACCGGUGUACCUCCUUUGCACUACCAUCAUGACCGCUGCAUCUCCGUUCGAGAAUGCGCCACGCUUCAAGACUUUCCGACAACCUUCGAGUUUUGUGGAACAAUGGGACAACAGUAUUGCCAAGUGGGCAACGCUGUACCCGUGGAGCUGGCCACAAAGAUUGCUCAAGCUGUCCGUGAGAUUUUGGUAUUCAAGUAUGAAUGAAACCACUGGCUUGGCCAAGUUGCGUUACAUGUAAUUUGAAUGCACUGCAGGGUGCCCGUCUUCAAAUAGCAAUACUUUUACUAU